GCGGUAUUUGACGUUAAAGACCACACCGGCAGCUUUAAUGCAGAUGCAGAUGUAGUUCAGAUACAGUGGUAUUCUGAUUUACGGAGCCUCACAAGAUGGCGGACUCUGACAGUGAUGUUGACUAUGUUGAUUCGAACGCCAGUUAUAACUACUCGUAUUCGUACUCAUGGUAUUCCUACUCCUAUCCGGACUACGAAUACAAACUUGGACCCGAAUCCGUCGUUGUCCCCGCUGUGUGGGGGAUAUUCUCGUUACUUGGACUGAUUGGCAACAUUUUCAUCGUGAUCGUUGUUUUCAAGUAUUCUCACAUGAGGACAGUUACGAACUAUUACAUCGUCAACUUAGCAUGCACGGACAUUGCGGUGCUGCUACUAUGCGUACCCUUUACCUCUAGUGUAUAUGCCUUCCAUACUGCAUGGGUAUUUGGUGACGCAAUGUGUAGAUUUGUUGCUUGGACACAACUGGCUUCGUGGCAGGCCACGUGUCUGACGUUAACAGUUAUAAGUGCAGAUCGCUACUAUGCCAUCGUGUACCCUAUCAGAUCGAUUAAAUAUAGAACGCCACGGGCGGCAGUCCUCAUCAAUAUAUCGAUUUGGAUAUUUUCCUAUACCAUAACGACUCCUACGCUGUACCUCUAUCGCGUUGAAGUGUACGCCUUCGACAGGGACCAUGCAUUCUGUAUUGAAUAUUUUGCAAGCGACAGUAAAGCGAAUUUCAAUACUGUGUACGUUACAGUGUACGCCCUGCUAUCGUAUUUUUUGCCACUGGUGGUGAUAUUCGUGUGCUACAUGCUCAUGAUCGUGAGACUAUGGAGAACCUCGGGACCGACAGAAGAUGCGAUCAUGUCCGAGCAGGCAGUGCGUCAGAAGAAAAAAAUCACACGAAUGGUUUUAGUGGUGGUCAUUCUUUACGCAGUAUGCCAUCUUCCGAAUCAUGUUCUGAACUUACUCUUCCGGUGGAACUACGAGGUAUUCGCCGACCCUGAUAAUAAAAUGUUACUGAAAGUAGUAAGGAUAUUAGCACAUACGUUGGUGUAUUUUAAUUCUAUCAUCAACCCAAUCGUAUAUAACGUUCUCGGGGACAAUUUCAGGAAGUCUCUAAAGAAAGCAUUCCUACAUAAUUUCAGGAAAAACAAAAUAAUGGAUUCACACACGAUGAAUACUGUCAACGGUAACGGCACACAUACUAUGAAUGUCACGCAUUCGAACAAAGUCCAUCCAUCGAGUUCCAAUUCCAGAUCAGAGAACUAAUUAGAGUGAAAUGAAACGUAUGACGUGGCGAUUCCUGGACUACGUCGAUACUGUGUUCCCGCAUUAUUCAGUCUCAGUCAAUGUGAUUACCGCCUAAUGAGUGUGGCGCAUCUUUUCCACUCGCUCACAAGGACACGUCAAUAAAAAUCGAUUCUCACAUUUGCACAUAAACGCUCGUAUUCCAAAUGAUGUAACACAUGCGAACCGUAGCGACAAGUCGUGCACUUUGCAGUCUUUUCUCGCUCACAAUCAUCGCGCUUCAAUGAGGACGCCUUCUUUCUAUACGAACCCUAUAUCGAGAUGGAUUUCGUCAUGUUGUUGAGUCACGCCGGUGCAAGACACCGUAUGACGGACACCGCCUGCGAACAAUUCUACAAUAUGCACAGAUACAUAUGUUAUUCACUAUUUAUAAAUAUGAUCAAAUAUUUGAAUGUCACUUGUAAAUAAAAUAUGUAUAAAUGUGUAGAUAAUGUAAUAAAUAGACAUGUUUUUUUA